AUGUCAAAUAGUCGCGGGACAUCAUCUUUGCGCGAAGAUCGACAGGAUGGCGGACGGCGACGGUCUCACGCUAACGAUGACGCCCACAUCGGAAAGUAUAAGCUUAUCAAAACCAUCGGCAAAGGCAACUUCGCCAAAGUCAAGCUUGCCAAACACCUGCUGACUGGUCGCGAUGUCGCAAUUAAAGUCAUCAACAAAAAAGAGAUGUCAACGACGAACCUGAGUAAACUGAUGCGUGAAGUAAGGAUAAUGAAGAUGCUCCACCAUCCUCACGUCGUUCAACUCUUCGAAGUGAUUGAAACGCGGGAGACUCUUCACCUCGUCAUGGAAUAUGCCAACGGCGGCGAGGUUUUCGACUACCUAGUUGCACAUGGAAAGAUGAAGGAAAACGAAGCACGUGUCAAAUUCCGUCAAAUCGUGUCCGCUGUCCAAUACAUGCACCAGAAACGUAUCGUGCACCGAGAUUUAAAGGCCGAAAAUCUACUUCUCGACAGCGAAAUGAACAUAAAAAUCGCUGAUUUCGGUUUUUCAAACGAAUUCACUCCUGGAACGAAAUUGGACACGUUCUGCGGCUCACCGCCCUACGCCGCGCCCGAACUCUUCCAGGGCAAAAAGUACGAUGGCCCCGAGGUCGACGUCUGGUCGCUUGGCGUCAUCCUAUAUACUCUCGUUUCCGGCAGUCUGCCCUUCGACGGCCAGAAUCUGAAGGAGCUACGCGAGCGCGUCCUCCGCGGCAAAUACAGAAUUCCCUUUUACAUGAGCACAGACUGCGAAAACCUCCUCAAACGCUUCCUUGUCCUGAACCCGCUGAAACGAGGUGUACUUAGUAAUAUUAUGAACGAAAGGUGGAUGAAUAUAAAACACGAAGAAGACCCUUUGAAGCCUUUCGUCGAGCCUGAUCCAAAUGAGUCUAUAGAUGAAUCAAGAAUAGAAAAAAUGUUAACAUACGGAUACAAUCGCGAAGAAAUCAUUCAUUCUGUUGUCAAUCGAAUGUACGACGCAAGAUACGCUACAUACAUGUUACUAGGAACCAAAGAACCUGAGAUCGACGAUAGCGAUCGUCCUGCCAGUGCAACGAGUAAAGGCACUGCUGAGAAGGCCGCCUCGCCGUCGACUUCGCCUACCAGUACUGGUGCUGGCAAACCAAAAGACCCAAAAGCGAACAAACAAGUCAACCGAGCAAAUUCACAAUCACAUGCAUCAAGUCGCAAAAAUACCGGACUUGGUAGAUCACAUUCAGAAAAGCAACCGACGAAAAAGGAACCAAGGCCGCAUUCGAGGGAACCCGAAAUUCCGAAGCACUUUGGCGAUGAAAACACUCAUCUUCGGCAAAGGCCGGAUCAGUCAAGGCCCAACAGAAGUAGUCGGCCGUCGACUACACACACGUCGAUGGGCGCAGGCGAUUUCCGGCAUCCUUCUCAGAGACCGUCGUCUGCUGUACCGCGGGAUCACCACGCGACUUCUCGUUCUCCGGAGCCCAAAGCGGCUGGGCCAUUCGAUCGAAAGGACCAGAAUCGCCACACGAUUACGGGGAACAUUCACAAAGAACGAUCGCAAAAGCCGACUGGCAACAUCUCAUCAGCAGGUUCAUCGAAUCACGUAUCGCAAGGUGUCAACGCCGGACCUCAUGGACAUUCCUUCUUCAAAACACUUACACAUCGACUAUCAAGGCGAAAAUCGCUCCGUGAAAAACAUAAAAGGAAUCCUCCAGAGCGAAAUACGAGCUCAGUGGGGCACAACACAUCUCAUUCCUAUGGCGUGCCGACUCCCAGAGGCAGCUCACAAACUCCUGAUGCUGACCGAAAUUCCGAUACAAACUCGUACAGAGGAAACAAUACAAUUCUUGCCGAAGAUAGGCGAGCCAAGCCACGAUCGCUAAGAUUCACCUGGUCGAUGAAGACAACAAGCUCGAUGGACCCCUUUGACAUGGUUAAAGAGAUCAUACGAGCGUUAGAGGCUAACAAUUGCGACUUUGAACAGCGCGAACAAUUCCUUCUAUUCUGCGUUCACGGUGACGGAAGAGAUCACAACGUAGUUCAAUGGGAAAUGGAGGUCUGCAAACUGCCGCGGCUCAACCUGAACGGAGUUCGCUGUAAGCGAAUUUCUGGUACUUCAGUUGCCUUCAAGAACAUUGCCUCCAGAAUCACAGAUCAGCUGCAGCUGUAA